UUGCAUUAUUUAUCGUCGGUUUGUGACCCGUCAGCGAGCGUCUCUAUGCUAGCAAGUCUGGAUCGACAGACAAGAACCAAAGAUGAAGCCUGCGUGCUUAUUUCUGAACAAAAUGCCUAAACUCAAACGCCGGCUGCUCCUGACCGUGCUGCUGCUGCUGGCAGUCUCUUCAGCUUCCUGGUUUGCCAUCUUUCUCCUUCAUUCGUCAGAAGAACAAGGCAGCCCUUCCAAUUUGGGUCGUCUCUCAGCUUCUCCUCCCACACCACUUCCUGUAGAUUCGGGUCCUUACCACAACUGGCAGCUCUUUGCUGCUGACUUUGAAGACAUGAUCCAAAGCUUCAAGAUUUAUGUUUAUCCCACCAAUUCUGCUUCUUCUUCUUUUGCUUCCUCUGCUUCCAUUUUCCUUCCCCACCCAAACCCAUUCGAUCCAAAACUCGGAAACUACUUCAGCGAGCACAUGUUCAAGCUGUCUCUGCUUAGCAGCUCCCUCAUCACCACCAACCCAGAAAAAGCCAAUCUCUUCUUCCUACCCUUCUCAGUCAAUCUCCUCAGAAACGACCCACGUGUCCAUUCUGAGCCGUCCAUUGCAGAUUUUGUUGCCCGAUACACCACCAGCAUCAGCCAAGAUUUGCCCUUCUGGAAUGCCUCUCUAGGCUCUGACCAUUUCUAUGCCUGCUGUCACUCUGUUUGUCGAGAGGCCUCCUCCAAACAUGUUGGGUUGCGCAACAAUGCCAUUCAGCUCACUUGCUCCUCCAGCUACUUCCAAAGAUUCUACGUUACCCACAAAGAUGUUGCCUUGCCCCAAGUUUGGCCUCGCCCUCCUCAGCAUGCCCUCAACCCCCCACAUGCCAGGGAUAAGCUUGUGUACUUUGCGGGCCGAAUUCAAAACUCUAAUAUCCGGCAGCAGCUGGUAGAUUUAUGGGGCAAUGAGACAUACAUGGAUAUAUUCCCAGGGCAACCAUCUUACCCUUAUGAGGAGGGGUUUAGGAGGAGCAAGUAUUGCCUCCAUGUUAAAGGCUAUGAGGUCAACACUGCCAGGGUGAGCGAUGCCGUACAUUAUGGGUGCGUUCCUGUUAUAAUUUCCAACCACUACGAGCUUCCAUUUGCCAAUGUAUUAGACUGGAGCAAGUUUUCAGUUAUUGUCAACAAUGGCGAUGUUGCCUUGUUGAAGAGGACAUUGUUGUCGAUAACAAGACGAAAGUACAUGAGCAUGUACCAUAAUUUGUGUGAGGUUCGAAGGCAUUUUGUUUGGCAUGAGACUCCCAAGGGCUAUGACUCUUUCUACAUGACUGCUUACCAGUUGUGGCUCAAAAGGAGCUCCCUGCGUCUGUCUUCCUAAUUGAACGGUUGAGGCUUUGAAAAUUGUAUAUUUUACACUUGUGACGCAUAAAAUCUUGCCAUGCCAUGUAUGGCUUGCACCA